ACAAUGAAGGUUCCGCGUUCCGAUCUGAAAGCCAGUUAUAUUUUGUGUGGCCGCUCUGGGCCAUGGAUACAACCUUUAGCAGCUGCACGAUCUGUGUACUGACACAAAGCUAACACUGUCUAGAGCCGGGUUAAAGAAACAGUGGCCAGUUUGUCAGUGUUUCUUCGACACAGACUUUAGGUGCCUCGCCAACACAAGAAAGGGAGUGAUUUUUCCCACCACUGUUGUUUACAUCAUACUGAUCCUGCAGCCACCAGGGAUUAUAAAGGAAGGCACGUGGGGUAUUCCCUAAACCCCGGACUUCUCCUGGGUUACAGAAUCAGAGUGAGGCACGUUGACCGGUGAAUGCAUAGAGGCAAGAGGGUCAAACUUUGUGACAAUAAAGAGGGUAUCUGGAAAAGCUGUGUGACCGUGAGCAUGACGGCUGUGGACGGCCUUUCGGACAGUACGGAGGUGGUGGAGAUGGAGGACGUCCCAUCUCAGUUCUUUGUGGAGAAACACUCUUGGGAGGGCCUUCGUGACAUUAUCCACUGUAGCAGGAAAUACUCGGGCAUGAUCGCCAACAAGGCCCCCCAUGACUUCCAGUUUGUGCAGAAGAAGGAUGAGAAUGGACCUCACUCCCACCGGUUGUACUACCUCGGAAUGCCUUAUGGGAGCAGAGAGAAUUCAUUACUCUACUCAGAAAUCCCCAAGAAGAUUCGUAAAGAGGCCCUCUUAGUGUUGUCAUGGAAACAGAUGCUGGAUCACUUCCAGGCUACACCUCACCAGGGUGCCUACUCUCGAGAGGAGGAGUUGCUGAGAGAGCGUAAACGUUUGGGAGCAUUUGGCAUCACCUCCUAUGACUACCAUGCUCAGACGGGCCUGUUCCUCUUCCAGGCCAGCAAUAGCCUCUUCUACUGUCAGGAUGGAGGCAACAAUGGCUUCAUUCAGUCUACUCCUUUAAAGCCUGUGGAGAUCAAGACCCAGUGCUCAGGGACCCGCAUGGACCCCAAAGUCUGCCCCGGAGACCCUGACUUUAUAGCCUUCAUCAACAACAACGACUUGUGGAUUGCCAACAUUAAGACUGGCGAGGAAAGAAGACUCACCUAUUGCCACAAAGGUGUGGAUAAUGUGAAGGAGGACCCGAAGUCCGCAGGUGUAGCAACAUUUGUCAUCCAGGAGGAGUUUGACCGUUUCACUGGCUACUGGUGGAGUCCCUCAGCAGUCGAAGACUCUAAUGGAGGUAAAACAGUGCAUCUUCUGUACGAAGAGGUGGAUGAGACGGAAGUAGAGAUUAUUCACGUUCCCUCUCCAGCACUGGAGGAGCGGAAAGCAGACGCAUACAGAUAUCCUCGUACAGGAAGCAAAAAUCCCCAGGCCACCCUUAAACUGGCAGAGAUCAAGACAGACAAUCAAGGAAGAAUUGUGAGCACACAAGAUAAAGAACUUGCCGCACCCUUCAAUUCCUUGUUUCCUGGGACGGAAUACAUCGCCAGAGUGGGAUGGACGAGUGAUGGCAAAUAUGGCUGGGCGGUACUUCUGGACCGCAGCCAGAGGAAACUACAACUGGUCCUGCUGCCUCCAGCCCUCUUCGUCCCUGUCACAGAAGACCCGGCUCAGAGGCAGGAGAGUCUGGAGGCCGUGCCCAGUAACACACAGCCAUACAUAAUCUAUGAAGAGACCACUGAUGUCUGGAUUAAUGUUCAUGAUAUAUUCUUCCCCUUUAUUCAAACGACAGAAGAUGAAUUUACUUUUAUUUGGGUGAAUGAGUCUAAAACUGGUUUCAGCCACCUGUAUAAAAUCACAUCCCUGUUACAACCGGGCUGCUACCAUUGGACAGAGGACGACCAACACAUAGAGGGAGACUUCAAAUGUGCAAUCAAGGAGGAGAUGACAUUGACCAGUGGAGAAUGGGAAGUCUUGGCAAGACACGGUUCCAAGAUCUGGGUGAACGAGGCAGCAAGGUUGGUUUACUUCCAGGGCACCAGAGACACUCCUCUGGAGCACCAUCUCUACGUGGUCAGCUACGACUCCCCUGGAGAUGUAGUCAGACUAACCAAGCCUGGCUUCUCUCAUAGCUGCUCUGUUAGUAAGAACUUUGACUUUUUCGUCAGCCACUACAGUAACGUGAGUACGCCUCCAUGUGUUCAUGUCUACAAACUGACCGGUUCAGAAGGUGACCCUCUACACAUGGUACCUGAGUUCUGGGCCAGCAUGAUGGAAUCGCCAGGUUGCCCGGGAGAUUACAAUCCACCUGAGAUUUUUGACUUUCCUGGGAAGUCCGGCUUCCAACUUUACGGGAUGGUAUACAAGCCUCACAACCUGCAGCCUGGCAGGAAACACCCGACUGUUCUCUUCGUGUAUGGAGGCCCACAGGUGCAGCUGGUGAACAACUCAUUCAAAGGGAUGAAGUACCUCCGUCUGAACACGCUAGCCUCCCUGGGCUACGCUGUGGUCGUCAUCGAUGGGAGAGGUUCCUGUCAGAGGGGCCUUGAGUUUGAAGGAGCACUGAAAAACAAAAUGGGUCAGGUGGAGAUCGAGGACCAAGUGGAGGGGCUGCAGUAUGUGGCGGAAAAGUUUAACUUUGUGGACCUGAGCCGUGUUGCUAUCCACGGCUGGUCCUACGGGGGCUUUCUCUCACUCAUGGGCCUCAUCCAACGACCCAAUGUCUUCAAGCUGGCUAUCGCAGGUGCCCCGGUGACCGUGUGGAUGGCCUACGACACCGGCUACACCGAGCGUUACAUGGAUGUGCCUGAGAACAACCAGCAGGGCUACGAGGAAGGAUCUGUGGCCCUGCAUGUGGACAAGCUGCCCAGCGAACCCAAUCGUUUGCUGAUUCUUCACGGAUUUCUAGAUGAGAAUGUGCACUUUUUCCACACCAAUUUCCUCGUGUCACAGAUAAUCCGUGCUGGGAAGCCCUACCAGCUUCAGGUCUACCCCAACGAGCGACACAGUAUUCGCUGCCCUGAGUCUGGAGAGCACUACGAGAUAAUGCUGCUGCACUUUCUACAACAAUACCUCUGAAAUGAGACAAUAGGGCAGAAGUGGAGUCUAGCUCUGUCCUCUGUCCUCCUUUAUUCCCAUCUUUACUCUCUCUGACUUCCCCAACGCAACCCAACUGUUCACCAUUGUCAUCCAGAGACUAUCAUACACUGCAACCACAAGCCCAUCUCUCUCUCUCUCUGUCUCUGUCUCUUUCUCCCUCACUUUCUCUCUCUCUCUCUCUCUCUUUCUCUUUCUCUUUCUCCCUCGCUCUCUCUCUCUCUCUCUCUCUCUCUCUCUCUCUCUCUCUCUCUCUCUCUCUCUCUCUCUCUCCUAUGAAGUCAUCUCACUUCUCCACCAUACAAUUCCACUUUUGCUCUCUUUUGUCUCCUGUUCUGUUACUCGCUUGCUCGCCCAGUCUCCUCCAUAACCCCCCCUCCCUCCUGUACAGUCUGGGGUAUGGUUUAUGAGCACAGAGAUUUGGUGUCUCACCCUGAAAGCUGAACAAAGACAAGGACAUAUGGAGAAAUAUUCACAGGCUGUGUCACAUUGACUCGCCGCUCACCCACGUCCUCCUCUGCAACCACAAUGGUUUUUGCCAAACGUUAUCAUAUAGUCUCGCCCCCCCCCCCCCUCCCGGUGCCCUACCUGUUUUGUCACUUGAGUCGGUGGUAGAAACAUGGUUACAGUUCAAAGAUAUGAAUGGAAUCUAUAAAUAUUUUCAAACAUGAGCUCACACAUUAUGUAAAAUGCAGUUUAUUUCAUAUAUACACUAGGCACGCACACACACACACGCACACACGCACACACACACACGUGAAAUAUCCUUACAUGCUGUGAGUCUGUACCUGGCAGUUUGUGUAAUGAUGAAGAAAGGAAGAAAACUACGACUCUUCCUCUGUCCACUUGUUUUAAAUGUGUGUUGUUUAAAAUAAAAUAUUUUUUAUGGAUUUUAUUCUUUUUUUUUUUAAUGGGUGUGACAGAAGCCACUCAUUGAAACUUUUGCGCCGUUUUCUCCCCUCACAUCGCUGAAGAUCUCCACUUGCCUUCUUCUCACAUAAUUUAUAUUUGCCAAAGUACCUCUUGACUCUCGCUCAUGCUGGUAUUUCCUUUUUUUACUGCAAUAAACACAACAGGAGGGUGAGCACUGUAGUCUUACAACAGCUUUGUACCACCGGAAUACAAUUUGUACAUGGUUAUGAAUAAAUGUAUGAAUCAAUCACA